UCCAAAACAUCAACACGCGUCAUCGGGCAGCAACAGCAUGGCAGCUCCCAUGAAGAGUAUGGGCUCGUCAUUUAAUGCUACUAGUUUUCAGAAGAAAACUAGAAGUAAAUUAAUUUCGAUACCAGGCACAAGACCCUCAGUUCAGAAUGGACAGCUUAUAGUUUCGACUGGUGUUACGUCCCUCGACUAUUUGAUAGGUGGGGGCCUAGCAGUGGGGACAGUGCUGCUAAUAGAGGAGGACCGAUACAACAGCUACUCUCAGAUGGUUUUGAAGUACUUCAUGGCGGAGGGAGUACUAUGUGGACAUGAACUCUUCUUGGCGUCGGCUCAAGACCAUCCAGAUGACAUCCUCACGGAACUCCCUGCUCCCAUCUUGGAUGACAUCGCCAGCCACAGUCCAAUGGAGGGACGCAUGCAGCUAGGUGGGCCGCACGCUAGUCAGGACGCUAUGAAAAUAGCAUGGCGAUACCAGAAUCUACCAAAAGUACAGACCGCGCUGGCGUCCUCGUCCCGAUUCGGACACUAUUACGACGUCUCAAAGAAGAUGGAGCCAGAAAUCCGGCAGGCAGCCAACUGCCACGCGUUCUACCUUCCGGAACAUUCUGCGGAGUCGUCAGCCCCGCACAGUCCGCUGCUUGAGUCCUACUCUGCACUGCUCAGGUCCAUUCAGGAGGUCAUACGCAAGGGAGGGUUCGAUGGAGCCGCACCCCCGGCAAAGUCCCGGAACGUCUUGCGCAUCGGGCUCCCGUCCCUGGGUUCCCCCCUGUGGGGUGACGACCUGUGUUGCCGCGACAACCCCGCCCACGGCCACGCCCUCACCACCUUUCUCUACGGACUGCGGGCCGUGCUGAGGUCAUCGCUCUCCGUGGCGGUGCUGACCAUUCCCUCACACCUGAUCCAGAACCGGGCCGUAAUGGGCAACAUCACCAGGCUGUGUGACAACGCUAUAGCCCUGGAGUCGUUCAAGGGCUCCGACAGAGAGACCAACCCGCUCUACAAAGAUUACCAUGGGUUGCUCCACGUGCGCCAGAUGCCCCGCCUCAACUGCCUGCUCACCGAACUCCCAGACCACAAGGACCUGGCCUUCAAACUCAAGAGGAAGCAGUUCACCAUCGAGAGGCUACAUCUGCCUCCCGACCUGUCAGAGACCGUGAGCCGGGUGAGCAGGGGGGAGCUGGCAGGGGCGGCUGCCACGGGCACAUCGUGUGGAUCUUCCGGCAACAAACACCUGGACUUCUAGAAGCGCGCACGCACGCACACACACACACACACACACACACGCACACGCACGCACACACACACACACACACACACACACACACACACACACACACACACACACACACACACACACACACACACACACACACACACACACACACACACACACACACACACACACACACACGCGCGCACGCGCGCAGACCAUCACUCUCACCGAGGGGGCCUGGAAAGCCGGGACAGUGGAGUGAUGUCCUCUUUGUUGCCCGGACCAGGUUGUUUCCUCACCCACACGCUGUCAGCGGUAAUAACCCCGCCAGUCGCUUCCCGACCUUCAACGUGCGCCCCGGCUUUAGCACAGGAUAAAUGUAAAGGACUGCGACGUUCCGCCGCUGCUCAGCGUACAAUACAUCACAGGUGGUUAGGGGGACAUCCCUGCGCUCAGCGUUGACUGAUGAGGAGACUGAGGCGUGCUAUUUGUGUGGGCUUACUGGCGUCGGUAAUUGACGUUUGUUUUGCUCCUUCUACGGCGGUGGUCGUGUGUCAAUGACGCUCUGCUAAAUCGUGUCAAACUCCCCCGAGUCUCACAAAAUGCUUCAAUGUUUACCGUUCUUGUGUUUAAUAAAACAAAUAUGUAAGAGUAAUAA